UCAUGACGAUGACAGUAGACUUGAGUUUCUCGCUGUAAAGACCAGUUGCUUUCAAGGAUGACUUCUGCAAAAGCUGGUUUAUUUUUGCCCGUAUUUAUUAUACUUCUUGCUUACCUGUACAGCAGACGAACUGACAAUGUUCUCAGGGAAAGAUUAGAUCAGGUUUUGGACGGUUUGCUGAGGGCAGAAAAAAAAGUUUCUGUUGCCCCAAAAACAAAAGUUGCUGUUGGAUUUGGUGGGUGCAUGGAUGUGUUUGUAAAUGCCACACAAUUUCUGCAGAGGUUUGGUGCUGUUCCCCCCGAAAGCCCAGCACAUCACGAUGUCGUCAGAGAUCAAGAGGGCCUGGAAGAGGUGUUUGCAUACUUCUUCAGAAGCGGAGCUGCUGCUGAGAGAUUUGUAAGUGAUGAAAACCUCUUCAAGAAAGUUGUAGAAUUUACAAAAUCUAUGCCUCAUGCUCGGUGGACAAUGGGAGGGAAUGCACCAGUCAUGGCCAAUCGAUUUGCAAGCGAAGGCUUCGAAGUUUUCCUCGGCGCCAAGUCGACGAAAAACACAAAGAAAUAUGUACAUGCGGGUGUGACAGCUGUUGGAGGUGAUCAGGAACAUGAUGAUGUACACUUUGUCAUGGAGUACGAUGUCGGAGAUAUCUGGGGGAAAUAUACUGCCACAAGAGCAAAUAGGUUUAUUAUCCACAGUGACGACUCCAAUCCGACAAUCAGUGCCUUGGAGAACUUUGCUGAUGCUCUGAAAGGACAGUCCAUUGAUCUACUUGUUGUUGGUGGGCUGCAGAUGCUGGACAACUUCCCUUUCAGAACUGGUGAGAGACAGACGAGACUGAAGAAACUAGAUGACUUCUUAGCAGCCGUCCCCAAGAAAACCAUGAUACAUUUUGAAAUGGCAUCAUUCACAGAGGAAGCCUUACUCCAGGAUCUUGGCAAACACGUCCUUCCGUACUCUGAUUCCUUGGGAGCCAACGAACAGGAAUUGCCAAAUUUAUACAGUGUUCUGACCGGUGGUAAGAUUGUGUUACUCUCAGAUAGCAAUCCCAGACUUGCGGUUGUCCUAGAUCAAAUGCGGGCUGUUUUCCGCGCUCUGCGCGAACGAAAACCUGGAAAAAAUCAACGAAGGGUAACAAGAUUACAUAUCCAUACAUUGGCCUAUCAGGUCAUUCUGACAGUCAAGGGAUCGAGUUGGAAGAACACCAUGUCUGCCGCAGCGAAAGCCGCUCUCACUGCGCACCGUCACACAUGCGGGAAACUCGAUAUUGAUACAAAUGAUGCGCGAAUGAUCAUGGACGAUUCUUUCGCUACGAGCAAGAACCAGGGAAGUAGGAGGAUUAGUCUUGAUAAUAACCGUCCCGUUUCCUGUUGGGAUGAGGAAAAUUAUGAGAUUUGUGUUGCGCCAGUACUUGUUUGUACAAAGAUUCUGCAAACUGCUGGUGGAGGAGAUAAUAUAUCCUCUGCUGGUUUGGUACUUCAGAUUUGAAGUUAACAUCAUUACAUGCAAAUUGUGAAUGUUUAAAAUUUAUAAAGUGUUGUUGAGGUGCACUCACCAUCAACAUCGUCUUGGUCCUGGCUUUAGGGGUCUUCGCUGUAGUUGAUGCUCAAUCAUGUUGGGAUGCUUGUUUUAUGCAAUUUGUCAUGGUGCCAGAAUUAAUUGUAUUUUCAAAUCAAAUGGAAGUUGCUUAUCAACAAAAUAUACUCUGAAUUUUACAUGAAUGAAUUUUGCAUUAAACUCUUUGCUGGUGCAAUGGCACUCACCGCACAUUAAAGGUCACUAAAUGUAUACAAAAAUGUUUAACCGAUGUUACAUGUUUAAGUCUGACUGAGACAUGGUGCUCUUUGAUGUGAACUUCUCAUGAUCCAGGUCAGGAGAGAAUCCUUGUGAUAUCAUGUAUAUACUUUUUGGCAGCAGAUGUACUUCAGAGAGUAAAAUAUAUGGUGUUUGAAAAACAAA